AUGGAGCCACCACUCAACAAACUGUCGCCGGACAAUCAUCCGUUGCCGGAGGCUGUUACAACGGCGUCGGAAAACAACAACAACGAACGAACCCUAGCAUUCAUCAAACAAAUAGCAAACAAUUCAACUUCCUGUCGUUCAUCUUCAUCAUCCACCGAGUUAAUCGCCUCCAGCGAAGAUCUUCUCACCGAAAUCUUCCUCCAGUUACCGGUAAUCUCACUCAUCCGAUUCACAUCCGCAUCAAAACAAUGGUAUUCCUUAAUCAAAAGCCCUAAUUUCUCUCUCAUCCGAAACCCUAACCUCGAUCCACCUUCCGGCCUGUUCUUCGAAGGUUGGGAUGCCAGAUCUAAAUAUCAUUACGUGCCGUUACAAACCGGCAAUUCUGAUCAUUCCGUUAAUUCCGUUAUUAAGCCUCCGUUUACAACCCUAGGGUUUGAUACCGGCGUUAUUAAGAUUUUACAAUCAUGCAAUGGUUUAUUGUUAUGUGGAAAUGAUUUACAAACGUAUUAUGUGUAUAAUCCGACAACCAGUAGGUUUGUUACACUUCCGAAACAUAAUAAUUAUAAUUCGGAUACCAGUUGUUAUAUGACAUUAGCUUUUGAUCCUACAAAAUCAUGUCAUUAUAAAGUAGUGUGCAAUUAUAUGUAUAAGGCUAUGAUGAUUGAGAUUUACUCGUCGGAAACGGGGAAAUGGAAGGUGUUGAAUGAAUGUAUGGAUGAUUUGGUGGAUGUGGAUCGCGGUGUGUAUGGGCAUAACGCGAUACAUUGGAUGAGUUUUCCGAAUCGGCUGGUUUAUUUGAAGUUGGAUGAGGAGGUGGUUAAUUAUAUUGAUAUAGAUACUCCGGAUACGAGUGUUUAUGGGACGAUUCUUGAUGAGUUUUUAGCGGAGUCGUGUGAUGGGAUGCUGCUUGUUGUACGGUGUUGUAGGAUGAGGAGAUUGAAUGUUUAUGAAAUAAAGAGGGAUUAUUCGGAGUGGCGGAUUAAGUAUCAUGUUGAUCUUGAAGAGGUUAUUAGGGUUUAUCCGAAUAUGGUGACGCGUCUUGGGCUUCAUUUUAUUGUUCAGGCGCUUGUGGUGGGGGAACGGGAAGAAGAUUCGUUUGUUGUGUUGGAGCUUCCUGGGAAGCUUAUACAGUAUAAAUUUAUGGUGAAUACAAUCUUCCAGCUUUGUGAUUUUAGCAAGAAGAGUCAUCAUCAAGGUGGGUUCUUUCCGAAGACUAUCUUCCAGCUGUCUGAUUUUACACCUGAGAAUCGUCGGUUUAUCAAUGGAAGCUGUUUCCCUUUCAUUCCGUCGUUGGCUGCCGUCUGA